CCUAUAUAGUCACUCAGUUCCUAACACUCUACGUAAGCACGUCGGAAUCUCCACUAAAUUUUUUCGUUUGAUUCGGGUUAUUUUUUUUGUAUUCCGAUUUUUAAGAAAUUGUCGCCAGAUAAUUUAGUAAAUUUCGGUUAUCCUUUUUUUCUUUACCAAAACGUUGGCGUGAGAGAUCAUCGUCAUCGAGAUGGUAAACCGACUGACGGAGCAGCUGGUGGAGGCCAAGUCCAAGUGCUCGGACUACCGCAAGGCCGUGAAGCUGAAUGCCUGGGGCAGUGAUCUGGAGGACAUCACCAUCUGCCUGCGGAUGCCGCGCCUGGAGGUCCUGGCCCUGAGUGUCAACAAGAUCAAUACCCUGAGUAGCCUGCAGAAUUGCCACAAGCUGAAGGAGCUGUAUCUGCGCAAGAACGAGAUUCCGAGCUUCGAGGAGCUCAACUAUUUGUCCAAUGCUCGUUCCCUGACCUCUCUGUGGCUGGACGACAACCCCUGCGCCGUGGCCGCCGGCUCCAAGUAUCGGGCCUGUGUGCUGCGCAAGCUGCCGCAGCUGGAGAAGCUGGACAACGUGGAUGUCAGCGAGCAGGAGCGCCAGGCGGCCCUGAGUCAAGAGUACUUAAAGGCGCCCAAAAGCGCCAUCAGUUCGCCGUCCACUGAGGUGCCAGUCGCCAAGUCGGGUGUCGCCAACACCUCGAGCUCCGGCUCGCCAACCAGCUCCAGUUCCAGUGCCCAGGUCAAGACCGGUCGCGAGCGGAUCGAGCCUGAAAUGGAGCUGGAGCGGCAGGAGGUGGAGCGCCGCGGGGAGCGCCAGCGGGAGAGCUUUGAUGACGUGCCCAUGCAGAUGCAGGAGCUGGCCAAGCCGAACCGAAGUGCCGGCGGAGAUGCUGCCGAAUUGGAGGAAGGAGGCUGCCUGUCCAGGACCGCAUCGGGGCCGCGUCCCAGCGCCGCCAGUGAUCACAUGCGCAUGGCGCCCAGCUACCAGCAGGCACACCUGGGUCGACAGCAGGCGGCGCAGCUUGCUCCGCUGACUCAACGGGCGAUUGCCAACUCGGCCGCCUCGGCAGCCGCUGCUGCCAUGAUGAUGGCCCAAAGCCGCCUUGACACCAUGGAUACCAGGGGCCGUGCUCUCGUCGAUAGCCUGGCCAAUGGAAGUGUGGCCAGUGUGCCGCCCCAGCCGCCGUUGGCCUCCAGCCCCUAUUUUGCCGGCAAUGCCGAGCAGCGACGCUACCGCCCGAAUGGCAACCUGCUCUCGGCCACCCUGUGUCUCAUCCGCGAGAUGGACGCACCCUCGCUGGAGGCCCUCAGCCGUGCCAUCCACGACCAAGUCACCAGCCAGGCGAUGGACUACUAACUUUGCCCAUCGCUCACUAUUAGUUCCCGUCGGAAUUUCCAUAGUUUCCAAAUUCGUUCAGUGCUCGGAAGUCGACGCACCUUCAUUUCGGGUUAGACGGAACCACUGGCCUCUUCCUAAGGGGUGAGAUGCGGAAGGAACGACGUCCCCCCUGAUAGCUUAAACACCAAGAGAGAUUUCGACUUUUUUGGACCUCUAGUACGAGUUUGUACGUUUUACUAAUCAUAAUAAUCAUAAUCAUAAUAAAAUGGUAAGCCGUUUCGGGAUCUGUAUACAAAAUUCA